AACAGGAAUAAGGAUCCACUCACUAGCGGUUUGGGCUCUUACUCCCCGCCUUAGUGUUUGAAACCAUGAUUUCGCACGUGCAUAGCCAUUGCAAGCCUGGGAUGCGAAUAUACUGAUGUCCAGUUUGACAUCUGAGACCGACGACAUCGAUUUCCGGCCAAUGAUUUUGUGACCGAUCCGGCCAAUUCGAACAAGGCACAGUUUCGGGCUGUCUUCUCGACUUGAGGGCCUUUUUUUAGGCGCCUCAAAUAUCGACUUGAGACCCUAAUAACUAUCGAGCAUUCAUAACGGAUCGUGGUUGCCUCAUAGCGCUUUCAACCUUCAACCCGGACUAGCCGUCUGCUGAUAGCGAUCGGCGCGAGGCUGUGAGCCUUUCAAUCUGAUUAAUUUGCUGCUAAGAAGGAGCGCCCCUGAAGGAUGGACGGGUUUCGACGAUUUGCGGAGAAGUUGAUAAACGAUCCGCUCAAUCGGCUGCAAGGCGGCUCAGGCGGAGGUUUCUACGAUCAAGAGCCUCCAUCGCCCGCAGCAGCAGCCACCAGUCGCAGGCGUCCAUGGGGACCCAACGGGCCCAUUAGCAGCACCACCAGCGACACCACCAGCAGCGGCGGAAGCAGAGGCGGGUUUACCUUGGGGGGAGGGGGGCUGAAUUUAGGCGGAAUUGGAGGAAUCGGAGGGCUUGGGAUUGGGGGCGGUGGUGCGGAUGGUAGUGGCAGCAGUAAUGGUGGUGGUGGUGGUGGUGGUGGUGGUGGUGGUGGUUUCAAGAGUUUCGGUACUGGAGGGUUCAUGGGAACAGGCCCUGGUGGUUUCCUCGGAGCUGGAGCAGGGGGAGGCUCUUCCUUCUUCAAGAACAUCCAACGGUCCUUAUCCAUCGCCGCGCCUGAUCGUGGCCGUCCGCCUCCUGCCCCCACCCCGCGCGUCCCUCCAUCCCGCUCCGCCACGUACGAAUCCCCCCCUGUCCGCCCGCAGCCUCCCCCUUCCCAUGCGGCUGCUGCUGCGGCGGUAGCAGCAGCGGAGCUGCACAUAACCCUAGACGAGAUCAGGUUCGAGAACCAGAGCAGUAGCAGCAGCGCUGGUGGCUUUGGGGCAAGCAGCAGUGGUGGUGGUGGUGGUGGUGGUGGUAGCGGUGGGGAUGGUCGGUCUGGUGAUGGCGCGUAUGGGAGGAUAGGCGGAGCAGGUACUCUUGGUGGUGCUGGCGGUAGUACCGCUCUCACACGCACUCAGUCCGCCUCCUCCCCUGCCUCUCCAGGGUUCAGCGUCCUCUCGCUCUUCACCUCCCCACCCCAGACCAACCACCACAACCAUCACAACCAGCAGCAGCAGCAGCAGCAGUCGCGGCUUUCCCAGCCUUCCCCUCGCACCACUGCUGCUGACGUCAUCUCCUUCCUCACCUCCCCUUUCUCCCUCGGUCCCUCCUCCUCCCCUGUUCCCCCUGCCUCCCGCCAAGACUCCAUAGGAAGCCCCUCCCCCUCCGCAGGCGGCGGAGGGGGAGCAGGGGGAAGGGGGAGAGGGGGAUCAGCAGGAGGGGGAGGGGUGGGAGGAGGAGGGGGGAUUGGAGGGCUGUGGGCCAUGGUGACUCGGACAAGCAGCAGCGGGAUUGGGGGGGGAGGAGGGGCCCUGGAUGACGUGGACGAGUCUCCGCCCUUAUCUGCCACGUCAUCCAUGAACACGUCACUGGGGAUCCUAGCUGGCAUGUCAUCGCUGCGACCCAUGCAGGCGGAGCAGGCGGAGCCGCUAGAUGCGUGCUUCUUUAACGAGGACUUUGACCCGGUUCGCUGUGCGCUGGAGGAGCUUCCAGAGGGUCCUCUCUCCUUGCAGCACCUUGGAACACAGUGUGGCAAGCGCCAGUUACAGCUGGACGAGGUGUCGGAACAGCUGGCGUCUCAAGUGAUGAGUCACCACGAAGAAAUGGUGCAAGGGAUGAACCUCUUUGCGGAGCUUGAGAGGGACCUCCAAGUGCUCUAUGUCAUCUGCAGGAACACCCGCCGGCUGCUCAACAGCGCACGCAAGGACAUCUCAAAGAACCUCGUUGUGUCCAACAACGUGCAGAAGAAGCGCAUGGCCACCAGCAUGAUCCCCAUGCUGCAGCAAAUGAAGCAGAUAGCGCGGAUGAAGGCCCAGCUGCAGCAGCUGGUCGAGGGGGGCGACUACCCUGCAGCCCUGCAGCUGUGCUCGCGGUGCCUCGUGCUGGUGGAGCAGAACCGGGGGCUGUGGGCUAUAGGGGACAUGAGCAGCAGUCUCGAGAACCGGGGGCUGUGGGCUAUAGGGGACAUGAGCAGCAGUCUCGAGGGGUGGCUAGCUCGAGUGGUGGAUGAGGUGGACGCCAUUCUCUUCACUGUCUGCCGCCGCUACAACCCCACCGCCUAUGCCACGGUGCUUGACUCAUACGCAGUGAUGAACGGGCUGCCAGCCCUGGCAGAGAAGGUGCACAACUUCUUCUCGCAAGCGGUGGUCACGGAGACCUACGACAUUUUGCUGCAGUUCGUGGAGCAGGGAAGCUCAGAGGACGACGCCAGAAGAAGCAGAAUGGCAUACAGCGAGCUGUGCGGGCAGCUGUCGGACCGCUUCUUCUUUCUCUGCCUCAUCCGCACCAUGGAGCUUGUGUUUGAGCUCAUGUGCUCGCACCAUGUCAUGAUGAUCGCCCAUCACCCGCUGCUCAAGACAGUGUCCACUGCUGCUCCUCCCACUGCCCUACAGCACACGCCAAUAAGCACCCUAGCAACAUCAACCACCACCACUGUUGCCACAGCCCCAUCCCCACUCCCCCCCUCCUCCUCCUCGACCCCUGACCAGCGAGGCACGCAGGCGAGCGCAAACAGCAGCAAGGUUAGCGCUAGCUGCAGCAAUACAAUUGCAAGCAGCAGCAAGGGUAGCACGAGCAGCACAGCACAGGCACAGGGCGGUAGUAGUAAGGGCAGGGAGAGUGAGGAGGGCAGUCCUGUCCCGGACAGAUUCGAGGACUCCUUGUGCUUACCAAAGGUGCAGGCUGUUGUCUUUGACGUCACACCACAGGCGCAUGCGCAUCCCACUACACCUGACGCUGAAUCACUGGCACCCAACAGCGUUGCACCCACCACCGUCACAACCAACGUCGGUGCCAGCACCGUCGACAGCGACGGCACUGCUGCUGCUGCCCCUGCUGGGGUGGAUGGUGUUUCGGUGGGAGAAACGAGAGUACAGGGCGAUACGAUGGAUAAGAGCAGCGGUUGUCUUCGUGGCACGGGGGGUGGCACUGGGGGUGGCACCAGUGGUGACGGCACGGUUACGAGAGUGGUGGGCGCUAGUGGAAGCGGUGGUGGUAUGAGUGAUAGGGUGGUGGGGGCCAGUGGCAGCGGUGGCGGGCAGUGGGAUUUUCUGCAUGACGUCCAGGAUGACGUGGACAGGUUGGAAGGGAAAGCGGGAGGAGAGGAGGAGGGAGGUGCGGCUAGAGAGAGAGGAAGGGAAGGAGGAGGCAAAAGCAAGCUCGUGCAGGGCCAGCAGGGCGAAAGUGCGCCACCACUAGGGGGGCCACUCAAGGGGAAAGAGCCUGCUGCCGAUGACUCUGCUGCUGCUGCUGCUGCUGCUGCUGCUGCGCCUGCUAGCCUAGCCGCAGUGCCUUCUCCAGCCAAUGAGCUGGUGCCAGCUGUGCCGUCGCCGGCCAGGGAGCUCACACCAGCUGUGCGGGAGGCGGCAGCAGCGGCAGUGAGGGGGGCUCUGGAGACGGGCAGGAAGGCGGUGUGGGAGCUGGCUGCUCGCAGGGUGGCUGCUCUGCUGUCCGCCCCGCCAGUCUGCUCGGGCACUUCGGAACAGUUCCUGCAGAUCCUGUGUCUCGUGGAGGACUUUGUUCUGGCAGGGGAGGCGUUCACCCAAGCAGAGGCGGGGAGCCUGAGGGCCAAGAUGGGCCGGCAGUGCGACCAGUUCUUUAAGAACUACCAUCGGCAGGCGCUGGAUGUUCUGCGUAUGAUGGUAGAGCGAGAGACUUGGCAGCCCCUACCCCCCUCUGCCCUGCAAGCCCCCGAGGUGCACCGUCUCACGUCCGCCCGCUCCACUCUUGCGCGCACGCCCAACAAAAUGCUGCCCUCUUGUCCAAGCGGCUCUGCGCUUGCUGGGCGUGGCGGUGGGGGAGGAGAGGACGGAGACGGGGGAGGAGAGCGAGGAGGCAGGGACGGAGUGGGAAGAGAUGGUGGCGGAGAGGCAGGGUCUGUGUGGGAUUUCAGCCGAUGGAUGCAGCUGGACCAGCCGUUCAACGUGGAGCAUGUGAGGGGCGGGAGGGAGCAGCUAGACGCUGCAAGCGGCCGGGGAAGAGUAGGGGGAGGCGGAGGGGGAGGGGGUAGCAGUGGUGGUGGUGGUGUGGGGUGGGACGGGCCGCAGGGAAUGCUGCGGGAGCUGGUGGUGGUAUCGCAGGGGGGGAGGGGGGAGGUGGCGAGGGAGAGGGUGCGGGAUAGAGACAGGGAGAUGCUGAGAGAUAGGUUUAUGGAUAUGGAGCGAGAUAGGGAGAGGGAGAGGGAAAGAGAGAGGGAAGGAGGAUCUGCAAGAUCGAGCCCUCAUUCGGCGGCUCAGAGCCCAGGAGCAUAUGGAGCAGGGUUUUCUGGGGGAGGUGCGUAUGGGGCGGGCAGGUUUGGGAGUUCAGCGGAAGGGGUGAAUGAACUGCGGCAGUACAGCUCCGAGCGAGUAGCUCCAAGAAACGCCGCCCCUACUCCCACUGGUGCUGCUGCUGCUGGUGCUAGCGGUGGCGGUGGCAGCUGGGGCAGUGGGUUUGAUUUGAGAAGCAGUAGCUACAGCAGCGGUAGGAGUGGUGGUGGCGGUGCUGCUGCUGCUGGGAGUCCCACUGUUGUUGCUGCUGUUCGUAGCGACCCCACUGGCGCUGUUUGUCGUGAUCAAAGUGGUGCUAUGGGAGCAAGUAACAGCUUGAGGGGGAUUGGGAGUGGGCAGUCAAGAAUGAGAGAGCAGGAGGAGGAGGGGGGGAUGGAAGAGGAGGAGGAGGAUGAAGAAGAGAGUGAGGAGUUGCUUGCUGAUUACAUUGACGAGGAUGAUGAGGGGGAGGGCGUGGGAGCGAGAGAGCAGGAGAAAGAGACGAGGGGCAGAGGAGGAGAAGCAACAGCCAGCAGCAGGAGCGACGGCAGGGUGGAGAGAAGCAGAAGUGGAGGAAGAGGAGGAGGGGUGCAGAGGAGUGGGACGGCCAGGGUGCCAUCUGCACCCUCCUCUCAGCCCCCUGACUCUCUCCUGGGUCGGUCACAGAGCGAUGGCCGGGUGGGGCAGGGGAGGAGAUGGCAGGGCAGUGGGAAGGACGGAGCGAAGGCAGGGAAGGGGGAGGAGCCGGGAGUCACUGCCACGGCAUCGGCUCUCGGUGCUGUCAGGUUGAUGGACUAUCAAGUCACUCUGGUGUUCUCCCUGGGACCCAUCUCUGCUGACGUCAUCAUGUCUGUGUGGCAGCUCUUCGACCUCUACCUCAUCACAGUCUUCCGCAUCUUUGGCCAUCGAGAGGCCUUCAGUGCCCUAAGAUCCGCUGACCCAGCUUAUGCACACUUGCUAUCCCCCAAGCUCCGCACGGUGCUCACAAAGAUUCUGCAGAAAUUCGAGGCCAUGGGCCUGCGCCCUCUCUCGCCACCCUCCUUCUCUGACUCUGCUGCCUCCGCUGCUGCUGCAGCCGCCGCCUCUUCUCUUGAAGCCACCAUAGGGGCCUCAGGCGCAGCUGCUGCUGCUGCUGCUGCUGGUGCUGCUGGUGGUGGUGGCGGUGGCGGUGGUGGUGGGAAGAGGGGUGGUGGAGGGGGCAAUGGGAGUGUGGGAGUGCGACCGAGUCUGUUUGAUGGCAGGACUGGCACCAGGGUGCUUAUUUCCUCCUCCAACUUCUACGCGCUCAGGGAGCGGUGUGUGGCAAUUGAGUCGCUGCUGUGGCUGGCGCAAGUGGUGCAGGCAGCGCGGCAGCGGUUCCUCUCACACCUGCCCAAGGCAUCAUGGCCACUCCUCGAGUCCUACUACUCCGAGACGCUUGAGGUGGUGCCGGAGCUUUGUGAGCACGUGCUGAGAACAGCCGCUCGACUCCUCAUCAACUUCAGCAGCUACGCGGACAAGAUCGCAGCAGGAAGAUGGGAGUCCCACGACGUCACGUCUUACCACAGCCCCUACGUGGACGCGCUGCUAUCGGAGUUCCGCCUCCUGCUGCAGCGACUGAACCACCUCGGCAUCCCACUGCAGGUGCAGCAGCAGCUGGUGCAGUUUGCACUGGAGGCAGUGGCAGAUGUGCUUGUGGAGGGCUUUUCACGCGUCAAGCGGUGCUCUAACGAGGGGCGGGCGCUCAUGUCUCUCGACCUACAGACUCUGAUCAACGGCUUGCAGCAGCUCACAGGGCGCCGACCAGACAUGCAAAUAGUUGACAACUACAUCAAGGCAUUCUACCUGCCAGAGACAGAGUACCUCUACUGGGCUCUUAGCCAUCCUGAGUAUUCCCGGGCGCAGGUGAUAUCGCUGAUCAACCUGGUUUCAGUGAUGAAGGGGUGGAGGAGGAAGACCCGCGUUGACCUCAUUGACCGCAUCGAGGGGCAGGAGGGCAGAUGAAGGGGUGGAGGGGGCAUGGAGGGAGAUGAGCGCCAUUUGGAACGUGGCUUGAGCCACCUUAAAGCAAGACCCGCGUUGACAUCAUGGACCAGAUCGAGGGGCAGGAGGGCAGAUGAGGGGAUGGAGGGGCAUGGUGGGAGAUGAGUGCUAUCAGGAACGUGGCUUGAGCCGCCUCAAAGCAAAGCAAGACCCGCGUUGACAUCACUGACGGCUUCGAGGGGCAGGAGGGGAGAUGAGGGGAUGGAGUGAGCCGCCUCUAAGCAAGGCUCGCAUGAAUGCCCCCCCAUCAUGGACACCACGGACCGCUUUGAGGGGCAGGACGGGAGAUGAGGGGGUGGAUGGAAGUGAGCAGUGCAACACGGAUUGGGACUGAGAGUGUGGACAAAGAGAUGAUCUUUUUCAUAGCAGAGGCGGGGUUUGAGCGUAUGUACCCUGAGGUUGUCUGACUGAAUGCUGACUGGGCCGACUGACUGGCUGACAAACUGACAGACUGACGGACUGACAGACCUGACUGACUGAAAUGCUCACUGACCGCCAUGCUCUGUAGCUGUCUGACCGGUUAGACUGACAGAAUCUUCUGACUGACUCGCUGGCUGGAGGAUUGAGGGACGGAUUGACUGGCUGGCUGGCGGACUGCGUUUGAUAGGCCUUGGGACGGAGCAAGUGUGAGGGCUUGGCUUCUGAGUCGACUCAAAAGUCACCGGGCUGCUUCUGAUGGGCUCUUGGAGCAAGCGUGAGGCCUUGACUUAGCACUCAAGUGGAAGUUGGAAUCAUUCACAGGCAGACGGGCUUCUCAGCAAGCAAGGAAGGGAGUGGGGUGCUGUCCUGAUGUCACAGGCGAAAAGGACUGGGCAUCAUCUGAUGUCACAGUUCAACCACUUGGGGGGCCUACCAAACGCGGAUCAUUACAGCAGGGCAGUGUCUGUUGACAAGUGCAAGAUUUUACGCAUCCAAGGAACAGAAAGUUGUGCCAAUGCCCAUCAGCAGAAGAUGCUUUGUGCUGAAAUGAGCCUGCCACCUCUCCACACCUACCAGUUCUGGCAGUGCCUUGGAUGGCAGGUGUACCCAUUGUACCAUGGCAUAUGGCAUGUGCGUGUCACGGAAUUUGGUGGAACCCCUAGCAGGCUAGGGAGAGGGCAGCACAAGAAGUGUAAUUGCACAGACAGGAGCACCAGGCGGUUAUUGGUCACAUACGUAACACAAUCUAUUUCAAACCAGUGUUUCUCCCUGAGUGAUGUCUUAUCUUGGGC